UGAAAACCGCAAUGAAGCCCGAGAGCAACCACGCCCGACGUGCCGAAGUAACAAACUGGUGGCCUGCUAAAGCAAAGGGAGCAAGAACCUCCAGACCACAACCGAAGCGGAGACCAGAGGAGAUGGCUCAUCAAGGAGGGAGACAUACUGAAUAGGGAGAAAUAAUAGUGCAGGAUAACCACAACCAACGAAAUUGACUAGAGGUAGUAUGGAGGCGAGCUGCUACGUUUACGUACCCAUCUUCAACCAAAUCCAUUUGAGAAACACAUCUGCUACAAGCCCAUCUUCAACGAGCGAUUCCCAAAGGAGCUCGACAGAUAGAAAGGGUUGAACAGAGGCAAAUUUAUCAGAUUCACCUGCAAAGUUUCAAUGUCGUCUCAGAGGGACGAGAAGAACAAGGAGACGACAUUGGAAACGAUAUAAUAAGCUUUGAAGCCCACCACAUGAAAGUUGCAACUUGCAAGGCCGGCACUAAGUUCAAACAGUCAUUCGUGGUUGUCCUCAGCCACCAGAAUCCGCCGUAAAGGUUCUAGGGACUAUUUUUCUUUUCUUUCUUCGUAAUUUCUAGUAUAGAGCUUUUGCCUUGGAUUAUUCCUCAACCUGUAAUGUACAGGGGAAAAUUAUAUUGUAGAAAUGUUUUCUCGUUUGUUACUACUUCAUUGAAGCCCAAGUACAUACAUACAAGCAGCAACAAAAGAAUAAAUAUAAGGAACCAAACUGUGGUGACUCAAAACAUUGAAGAGGGGGCUUUAGCCAGCCAACUUGCUGCCAUCUUACAAGCUUGUUUUGGUCCUUCUAAUCUUCACCAAGGAAGACAAGUUCAUGCCCAGUACCUUGUCAGUGGAAUCAUCAAUGAUGAUGCUUUGCUGGGUGCGAGGAUUCUAGGUAUGUAUGUUCUUUGUGAUAGCUUCGCCGAUGCCAAGGAAAUGUUUUAUAACAUUGAAUUGUGGUGUACUAUGCCUUGGAAUUGGAUGAUUAGAGGAUUUGUUAAAAUGGGUAUGCUUGAUUUUGCUUUGUUGUUUUACUUUAAGAUGUUGGGCUGCGGUGUUUUGCCCGAUAAGUAUACUUUUCCUUAUGUGGUCAAGGCUUGUGAUGGGUUAAACAAUGUGCAGAUGGGUAAGUUGGUUCAUGAAACAAUUGUGUCAAUGAAUUUUGACGUGGAUGCAUUCGCCGGUAGUUCCUUGAUAAAGUUGUAUGCCGAAAAUGGAUGCUUGGAUGAUGCACAAUUGUUGUUCGAUAAAAUUCCUGUGAAAGAUUGUGUCUUGUGGAAUGUGAUGCUUCACAGUUAUGUCAAAUGUGGCAAGGGGAAUGAUGCAAUGAAGGUUUUCAAUGACAUGAGAAAUAACGGAACCAGGCCAAAUUCAGUUGCAUUUGCAUGUAUUUUAUCUUUAUGCUCAUCAGAAGAAAUGAUUGGUUUUGGUGCCCAGCUUCAUGGACUUGUUGUUAUUUUUGGUUUGGAGUUUGCUUCUCAGGUGGCGAACACACUGAUGGCUAUGUAUUCAAAAUGUGGUCAUUGUUUUGACGCACGCAAAUUGUUUGACAUGAUGAAUCAUCGCGAUUUGGUGACAUGGAAUGCAAUGAUUUCUGGGUACGUACAAAACAAGUUGACAAAGGAGGCUUCACUUUUGUUUCGUGAGAUGAUAUCUGCUGGUGUGAAACCAGACUCAUUCACAUUUUCAAGUUUCCUACCGGCUGUCACUGAAUCAAUGUGUCCCAACCAAGGUAAGGAAAUUCAUGGUUAUAUAGUAAGAAAUGGUGUGGUUACGGACAUGUUCUUGAAGUGUGCACUUAUUGAUAUAUAUUUUAAGGGUGGGGAGGUGAAGGUGGCUUGCAGGAUUUUUAACAAAAGUACUAAAGUUGAUAUUGGAAUGUGUACAGCUAUGAUUUCAGGGUAUAUGCUUCAUGGGAUGAACAUUAAUGCUUUAGAAGUUUUUAGGUGGGUGGUUCAAGCGAAAAUUAGGGUAAACACUUUAACCUUGGUGAGUAUCUUGCCAGCUUGUGUUGGCUUGGUUGCAGUGAAGUUGGGGAAGGAAUUGCAUGGCAACAUCCUCAAAAAUGGGUUUCAAACAAGAUGCCAUGUGGAAAGUGCAAUUAUGGAUAUGUAUGCAAAAUGUGGAAGAUUGGAUCUUGCUCAUCGAGUUUUCAUUAGAAUAUCUGAAAGGGAUACUAUUUCUUGGAACUCAAUGAUCACUAACUAUUGUCAGAAUGGCAAGCCAGUGGAGGCAAUGGAUCUUUUUCGUCAAAUGGGGAUAGUAGGAAUGAGGUAUGAUUGCGUGAGCAUAUCUCAAGCCCUGUCUGCUUGUGCAAAUUUACCUGCACUUCACUAUGGGAAAGAGAUCCAUGGUUUCAUGGUCAAAAAUGCAUUCAACUCAAAUCUUUUCGCUGAGAGUGCACUCAUAGACAUGUAUGCCAAAUGUGGACACUUGAAUCUCGCACAUCGUGUUUUUAACACGAUGACAUUAAAAAAUGAAGUUUCAUGGAAUAGCAUCAUUGGUGCUUAUGGGUUUCAUGGCCAUCUCAAGGAAUGUCUUUCUCUAUACAAUGAAAUGUUGGAAAAUGGAAUUCGGCCUGAUCAUGUUACCUUCCUUGGUAUAAUAUCUGCUUGUGGGCAUGCUGGCCUAGUUGAUGAUGGCAUUCACUACUUCCGUUGCAUGACUGAGGAGUAUGGUAUCCAAGCUCGGAUGGAGCAUUACGCUUGUAUGGUAGAUUUAUAUGGUCGUGCUGGUCGUUUGACUGAAGCCUUUGAAACCAUAAAGAGUAUGCCGUUCUUGCCUGAUACAGGUGUUUGGGGGACAUUGCUAGGAGCCUGUCGAGUCCAUGGCAACGUUGAGUUUGCUGAACUGGCUUCAGGACAUCUGUUUGCCUUGGAUCCUCAAAACUCUGGCUACUACAUACUGCUCUCAAAUAUACUUGCUGAUACGGGACAGUGGGGUCGUGUACUUAAGAUACGAAGCAUGAUGAAAGAAAGAGGAGUUCAAAAAGUUCCGGGAUACAGCUGGAUUGAGGUCAACAAUAUCACACAUAUGUUUGUUUCGGCAGACGGAAGUCAUCCACACUCUGCUCAGGUUUAUUCAAUGCUGGAAAGCCUUCUUCUGGAGCUGAGAAGAGAGGGUUAUGGUCCUCAACCCUUAGUUGCUUACCCACAAAACUCAGUGAUAUGAUAACCAGGAAAUCUUUUCUUCUUUUGAUUUUUUAUCUUUCUAAUUAAAGGGCACUUGGUUUUUCGCAUUGAACUCCCGAUUUGUUCAUAUAGAACUGUUGAUGUUAAAGUAACUGAACUUACUUUGAAUCAAAUUCAUUUUUAUGCCCUUUUUGUUCCAUGUUUGUUUUUAUCUUUUGAGUUGCAAUGCCAUUAAGCUUUCCUGGUCCUGACAUGACGGUGAUGAUGAAAUCAGGAAUCUAAUAUGUUAUUUUAUAAUAGUGAUAAUCCUACCUUUUGCUUUUUUGUUUUCCCCUAUUUAAUAUAUACUUGAGUGUUGCAAUUGAAUAUGUAUGGCUAAAGUGUUGGCUUACUCGUGUCGCUCAUAUUAGGCAUCUGUGCAUCUAUUUUACUGCAAUAGAAAAUCACACAUCCUAGAACUUUGGAGUUUGAGAUGCUUGUUUGACAUUUCGAUUUUUUUGGAUUUUCAUAAAUAGUUUCUACUUCUCAGGCUGGAAUGUGUUGAUUGUGUGGCACUUGAAAUAAGACCAAGUACAAGAUCACAUUUUGAUCUUGGAAUAUCAUGAUGUCUGAGAAUUCGCUGAAUAAGGAUUUAUCAAAGAAGACAUCUAUUUUGGGUCUAAAACUAUGGAUUCUAAUAGGAAUUUCAGUUUGUGCAUUUGUAUUUGUGAUUGUCUGCAUCUUAUCUGUGUGGUACUGUGGUUUACUUCUAAAUAAUGAUUUUCAAUUUGGACAAGAUUUCACAGUUUUUUUUUUUAAAAAUCUCGUCGGUAAAACUUGGAAAUUUGGACAUAUAAUGAAUAAUAAAAUGGAAUUUGUAAUUUUUUUUUUAAUUCUUCUUAGGAUUUCGGCUGGAACUGAAGGUUUAGCAAAUUUUGUCAUGUUUAGUCCAUAAAGGGAAAUGGUUUUGCAUGCUUGGUUGGCAGGCUUGUUAUUUGCAUGAAGCAAUAGAACCAAAAUUUGUUCACCGAGACAUUAAAUCGAGCAACAUCUUGAUUGAUUAUGAGUUCCAUGCCAAAGUUUCUGAUGUUGGAUUGGCCAAUCUCCUGGGAUCAGGAGAGAGUCACAUUGCAACCUGGGUUAUGGGAACAUUUAGUAACGUUGCCCUAGAAUAUGCCAAUACCGGCUUGCUAAAUGAGAAGAGUGACAUUUACAGCUUCGGAGUUGUCCUGCUUGAAGCAGUGACUGGAAGGGACCCUGUGGACUAUGGUCAUAAUCCACCAGCUAAUGAGAAAAGAGACCCAAAAUGAAUCAGGUUGAACGAAUGCUUGAAGCUGAUGAGUACUCAUAUCGGGAGGACCGGAGAAACAGCAAGUAUGGAACCUGAAUCUAUGAAAGAAACAACUGACUUGGAGAGCAAGGUACGCGGGGUAGAGAGAGUAAUGCACCGGUGACAAAUUUCACUAGUUUGUGAUUUGGAAGUGCGAAGAUGGAUUCAAUCAACAAAAGCCGAUGUAAUCUCAACCCAGAAAGCUUAGGGUGAUGAAAACUGAAAAGUCCAAUUCUUUUACAAAAAGGUAAGUCUGGGCGGCAAUGAAUUUUACUUGAUCACUUGUAGAAAACAGAUGAACAUGAUUGUUAAGUUUACUCAUCGGAUGUUUUGUCUUUUUUCGUUUUAAUUUUAUUUAGACGUUCGUCAUUUAUGAUGGAAAUUCAAUGAGUCUUGAUUCUGAUUGUCAAUUUCAUGAAAAUGAUUACUUUUGGCACUUCAACCUGGGGGGCUGGGCUUUGCAGCUUUUGAUGUGAUGUGAUGAAGUGUGGAAUUUUGGAAGAAAAUACCAUGGAAGAUCCACAUUCUUUAAGUAGUCCUAGAAGAACCCGUAGUUUUUCAAAGAGGAGGAGCAACUCUGGAUGAUUCAAGUUUGCAUGUAGAAUUGUCAGAUUGAUGGGAGUGAUCGCUGAAGCAAUUGAUACACACUAAUGAAGGGUCUUGGUAAACUCAAUACGUUUUGCUAUCAGAUUGUAAACCCUGAUCGGUAUUUCAUCUUUUCUUUUCCUUCAGGUAUUUGACAUUGGCAGUGCCCACUUAUGCCAUGGUUACAGUAGUGUUAGUUCUGAUAUUCUACAUUUGCCUUAACUUCAUGUCAAGCCCUCCGAGUUUUGAAUACAAUUUUCGGUGACUUCAACAGGGAACCUGCGGAUUUUGUUUUCUUAGCAACAGGAGAUGAGCAAUCUAUUGAACCCAUCUCUGACAUUGGCAUCGACAGAGUUACCGAAAUCAUGUUCAGCGAUGUAAAUUCAGAUGUUGAAGCGAACCCACCUGUUGCGAAGGAGAGAGGAUUUGCAAGUGGCAAGGCUAGCGCUAAGUUCGAACAACCAUUCGUUGUUGUCCUCCGCCACCAGAAUCUGCCGUGAAGGCUCUAGGGGCUAGUUUUCUGGUUCUUCCUUCAUAAUUUCAAGUGUAGGGCUUUUGCCUUGGAUCCUCAAAAGAGUCAAAAGCCUACAUGAUGUGAUAAAUCUCGUAAAUGCACGAUUGACUAUCAACCAACAAUUCCCUAAA